AUAACAAGAGAAUUAUCAUAACCUUUGAGAAUUGUUAAAUAAAUAUUCAAUAAUGCCAUACAAAUAUAUAGGUAGGACAACAUAUUUCAAAGGAAAAUCAUUAUGGGAGAUAGUAGGAAAUUUAAAGAAUUUUGGAGUCGGCCGUAUAGUGGUUCGAAGCAACUUGGAAAAGUAUCCAGAAAAAUCAUACAUGAAAAUUCUAAAAGUAGAGACUUUACCUAACCCCGAAAAUCCAUCCAUGGAUAAUAUGAGGAAAGUGAAAGUGUGGGUAGAAAACACGUUUAGAGGUAGAACUUUUCCAGAACCUAUUCUAAUUGAAGGUAUUAGUUACAAAACAGAUUACCGGUUAAUACCGAAAGCUGAAGAACAGGAAUACCGCAAUUCAACUAUUUAUGAAUACAAAAAAAUUUUACCAAAAACUAUGAACUUUCCACCAUUAUUGAAAGAUAUUUUGAUAAAAAUUGGAAAAUCUAAAGGCGAAGAUGUGUCCGAUCUUAAAUUGAAUAUAUUCUAUAACCAAACAAGUUUAAUGGAAAAGUAUAAAAUAGCCGAAGGUGAUGAACAGCCUACAGUUGAAAUAGUCGAACAUUUAGGUACUCCUGUUUCACCAAGAUUAUAUGAAGGUGUGAAUUUUAAGUAAUUUAUCUAUAUUGUUAAAUCGUAUUUGAAUAAAUUAUCAAAUUGUA